GUCACGUGGUCCAGUCAGCUGAUGCUAGCGCUCGGUAGCCGGACGGUGAGACGGAUCUGACGGUCAGACAGGAUGCCUUUCUCCGAGCUCUAUUUUAACGUCGACAACGGCUACCUGGAGGGUCUGGUCCGAGGAUUUAAAGCGGGAAUACUGUCCCAGGCGGAUUAUUUAAACCUCGUUCAGUGCGAGACCCUGGAAGAUCUGAAGCUCCACCUGCAGAGCACAGACUAUGGCAGCUUCCUGGCAAACGAGGCGUCUCCGCUCACUGUGUCUGUUAUCGACGACAAGCUGAAGGAGAAGAUGGUCGUGGAGUUUCGCCACAUGAGGAACCAGUCAUACGAGCCGCUCGCCAGCUUCAUGGACUUCAUCACGUACAGCUAUAUGAUUGAUAACGUCAUCUUGCUGAUCACGGGAACCCUCCACCAGCGGGCAAUCUCUGAGUUGGUGCCAAAGUGUCAUCCACUGGGCAGCUUCGAGCAGAUGGAGGCGGUCAACAUCGCUCAGACCCCCGCCGAGCUUUACAACGCCAUCCUGGUGGACACGCCCCUCGCUGCAUUCUUCCAGGACUGCAUAUCUGAACAGGACUUGGAUGAGAUGAACAUUGAAAUCAUCCGUAACACACUUUACAAGGCUUACCUGGAGGCUUUCUACAAGUUCUGCUCCAACCUCGGAGGAACCACAGCUGACACCAUGUGUCCUAUUCUGGAGUUCGAGGCCGACAGGAGAGCCUUCAUCAUCACAAUCAACUCGUUUGGCACCGAGCUGUCCAAGGAAGACCGCGCCAAGCUCUUCCCCCACUGUGGCAAGCUUUACCCAGAAGGCCUUGCUCAGCUGGCCCGGGCAGAUGACUACGAGCAGGUCAAGGCUGUGGCUGAUUUCUAUCCUGAGUACAAGCUGCUGUUCGAGGGUGCCGGCAGCAACCCAGGCGACAAAACACUGGAGGACCGUUUCUUCGAGCAUGAGGUGAAGCUGAAUAAGUUGGCCUUCCUCAACCAGUUCCACUUCAGUGUUUUCUACGCCUACGUCAAGCUGAAGGAGCAGGAGUGCAGGAACAUCGUCUGGAUCGCUGAGUGCAUCGCCCAGCGGCACCGCGCCAAGAUCGACAACUACAUUCCUAUCUUUUGAGCCGCCUCCUUCUCCCUCCCACCUUCCAUUUCUUCUCCUAAACCGUCAUUUCAUUCAGUCUUAUCUCUCGAACAGUGUCUCCAGUCCCACCUUGGUGUUAAAGAUUCUGAUGGUUUGAUGCUAAAUUUUCUCCAUUCUUUCACUCGUAGGUGUAAAUUGGUUCCCAACACCAGAGUUUGUUGUUGUAAUGUGAGUUACAGCAGGGCUCAUUAUUGCUUGCAAAGUAAAACACAUAAUCAAAUGUAAUAGAACAUUUUAAAGAAGGAAAGAAUCGCAUGAUCCAACAGAGGUGUUUGGUGCUUGACUGAGCUCAGCAGGUAGGGGAGGAGGCAACUCAUUUUACUUUCAAACACUUGCCUCUGACUGUCAAAACUUUCUGAUGUUGUAUGUUUACGUGGCACACCCUGUCCAUCCAUCACCUCAGCUGGUAGGAAUACAACAAGAAGAAUUUGCAAGUCCCAGGAAUGAACCCAACACACACACCAGGGCAGGAACUCCCAGCACAGCAAACACCAACCAUCUUUUUGAGAUCAUGUUAAUCUCCAGGCACAUGAAACCCUUAAAGGUUCAGUAUACUUUAUGUUUUACAUUCAGCAACUACCAAAAUCAGUUAAUGGUUCCGUAUCUAAACCUCACAUGAUCCCACAACAUCAGCCAGUCUGGAACAAAGCGGACAUGAAAACAUUCCUCACCUCAGCAUCAGUCUCCACCAGGUUCUGUAUAACCUGUAUUUAUUUCUGUUUUAGUGCUAGGUUUUGUCAGCAUGUCUGGUCAUUACUGUGCUUUCCCCCAAAAAACUAAUGAGUGAAAUGUGUGAGCCCCGCCUUGUUUGCUGUCUUAACUAGAUUGUUGUUAGAUUAUUAAAAAUACAGCAGCUGAACAGGAGCUUCCAGUCCUCACCGUCCCUGUUUCUGUGUGAACUCUUGAGUUUCUGUAAAUGAACGUACUGGAAUGAGGCAGAAUCUAGUGAGUAUAUGACAGACUUAAUGUUUAAAGUAUACAAAGAUAUAUAGAUAUUUAAAGAUGACUAUGAUUUUGUUUUUUCAUGCUGUAAAAAUUGAUUUAUUGCUGUUUUGAUCUGUUUCUUACUUGUGAAAUGUGUAUUGUAAAUGUGACAAAAAAUAAACAGACUAAACUGGA